AUGCUUUGGGAGAACUUUCAAACAACAUUCAAUUAUGUUGCUGACAUUCAUGCUCCACUUCAAAGCCGUAAAGUUAGAAACAGAAAGGCACCGUGGCUGACUGAUGUAAUUAAGAAAAGUAUGAAUCGCCGAGAUUAUCUCAAGAAGAAAGCUAUUAAGACAAACUCAAUUGCAUGCCACAAUGCUUACAAAAGUCUUCGCAAUGAGAUUAACAAAAAAAUUAUGUAUGCAAAGCGAGAUUAUUACACAAACUGUGUUGACAGAAACAGAAAUAAUACAAAGCAAAUGUGGAAACAUAUUAAUCAGUUAGUUAAUAAAAAUUCAAGAUCAACAAAUAUAUCAGUACUACAAAUAGACGAACAG